AUGAAGGAAAUUCGUGGUGAUGCAAAAAAUAUUGACAAACUGUUGAGUAAUGCUCGCUAUGCCAUCGAUUACUACCAGCGUGAAUACCGGUGGGAGCGCAAGCAGAUUGUUGAGCUACUCAAUGAUCUCACCGAAAAGUUUGAGGAGAGUCACGAAGAGGGGAAUGAGCGCUCAGCAGUUGAGCGGUAUGGGCACUAUUUCCUUGGAUCGAUAAUCAUCAGUGACAAAGAGGGGCACAAGUACAUCAUUGAUGGACAACAGCGCCUCACCUCGCUGACACUCAUUCUCAUCCAUGUCUAUCGAAACUUGGAAGACGAUGAGCAAAAGGGUCAGUUAGCCAAGCUUAUCUACUCGCUCAAGCGUGGGAAUCGUUCGUUCAACCUUGAUGUUCCCGAGCGGACUCCAUGUAUGGAGGCGCUAUUCAAAGGCGAUCCGUUUGAUGAAGAUGGACAGCCAGAAUCUGUAACAAAUAUCCUUAACCGAUUCCACGAUAUUGAAGAGUUCUUUCCUGAAAGCCUCAUGGGAGAUGCACUUCCAUAUUUUGCUGAUUGGUUUAUCGAGAAUGUACAUCUAGUAGAAAUCACAGCGUACUCCGAUGCAGACGCUUACACGAUCUUCGAGACGAUGAACGACCGUGGGCUAUCUCUGACGCCUACAGACAUGCUCAAAGGCUAUCUGCUCGCAAACAUCACGAAUGCAGACAAGCGUAAUCUAGCGAGCAAGGUAUGGCGUGAACACAUCUCGAAUUUGCAAGAGAUCGGUAAAGAGGAGGAUGCGGAUGCAAUCAAGGCGUGGCUACGUAGUCAACAUGCUCAAAGUACACGUGAGCGAAAGAAAGGGGCAAAACCUAGAGAUUUUGAUCUCAUUGGAACCGAGUUCCAUCGAUGGGUACGAGACCACGAAGAAACGCUGGGCCUAGCGGGCUCCGCUGACUUUGCUCGGUUCAUUGAAGAAGAUUUUGCGUUCUACGCGAAGUGGCAUACGAAGAUUCGUAAUGCUUCAGAGACAUUGACUGCGGGAAUGGAAGCGGUUUACUACAACGCACAGAACAACUUCACGCUCCAGUAUCCUGUGCUUCUCGCUCCUCUGAAAAGAGGUGACUCAGAGCAAGAGAUACUACGAAAAAUACGGAUUGUUUCAGGCUACCUUGACAUCGUUAUCGCUCGGCGCUUGUGGAACUGGAAAACGACCUCAUACUCAAACAUGCAAUACAACAUGUUUGUAGUCAUCAAAGAGAUACGGGGUCAGUCGUCCGAAAAUCUUGUCAAGAUGUUGACUCAUCGACUUGAUGAAGACGAGUUCAAGUUCGAGUCAAAUGAUCGAUUCCGCCUAACGGGCAUGAACAAGAAGCACAUUCACCGAUUGCUUGCUCGGAUGACAGACUUUGCAGAGACAUCGUCUGGGCGUUCAUCACGGUAUGCAGAGUACAUGAGUCGCAAAGGCAAAAAUGGUUAUGAGGUCGAACACAUUUGGGCAAAUCACGCAGAUAGACACACAGACGAGUUCAGUCAUCCAUCAGACUUCAGUGAAUACAGAAACAGAAUAGGCGGCCUUCUACUACUACCGAAGAGCUUCAAUGCAAGCUAUGGCGAUAAGCCAUACAGCCACAAGCUGGAGCAUUAUCUGAAACAGAAUCUGCUCGCUCAGAGUUUGCAUCGUCGUGCUUAUGAGAAUGAUCCAGGUUUCAAAGGGUUCAUCAGUGACUCAGGGCUUGAGUUCAAAGCACAUUCGGAGUUCAAGAAAGCAGAUCUUGAUGCAAGGCAAGAGCUUUAUCUGCAUCUUGCAGAGCGUGUUUGGAGUCAAGAAAACUUGAUUCGGGAACUAGAAUAA